UUCAACGAAGGCAAACAGCAGCAGAGCAGAGCACAGCCAAGUCGUCCCUCGCUUCAGUCCAAUCCGCCUCGUCAAGCAUGUGCAAGGUCAUCAACACGGUCCAGUCGCUAGCCUGGCUGCGCCGCGCCGUGCGGCGGUGGCGCUCCCGAGCAGCGGCCUCGGUGCGGCCCAACAAGGAUGUGUUGGUGCCGGCCGGGCACGUGGCGGUGUGCGUGAGGGGCCGCGGCGACGGGGAGUCGUCGUCGAGGCGGUUCGUUGUGCCGGUGGCGCAGCUGAGCCACCCGGCCUUCUGGGAGCUGCUCCAGCAGGCGGAGGAGGAGUACGGUUUCCCGUCGGCCCCCGGCCCCCUCGCGCUCCCCUGCGACGAGGACCACCUCCGCGACGUCCUCCGCCGCGUCUCGUCCUCCGACUCUGAGGAGCGCCCCUCCUUUCGUCGCCGCCGUGGCGUCGUGGCGGCGCCAAGCGAUGACUCGCGGCCGCUGCUGCAGGGGGUGGCCGUGAAGUAGCUCGCUUCGUGAUCGAUCGUUCGUUCGUUCGUACGCCUGCUCUCUACAUUGCAGAAGCGGGAUAGCCGUGUUCAUUUGCUCCUUUUCAUGCAAACCGGAAGCAGCAGCCAGCGGUAGUAGAACUACGCGCGCGCCCAUGCCAUCCAUGGCGCAGAGUGCGCGCGCUGAAACUGCGAAGACCGUUACACUGACAAAGCGCCCCGAUGCUACUACACUAUCACCCUAUCAGUGGAGCUGGCAUUUUACAAAAUGUAUAUAUUUAUUUGUCCAACAAAUUAAAUGUAUAUAUUCGUGUCCUAUUUGCAGAUAUGUUGGCUGUACCCUGUACGGUGGAGCGAAA